AUGCCUCUCGAGAUCCUUCCAGAGUUCCGCGCACAUUUCGUCAAAGUUCUGUAUGUUUUUCUUCUUCUUUAUUACUUUUAGUGUAAAAAUUCAAAAACGGCUUGAAAAAAGAAAAUAAUAAUAACUUCGUGCGGAUCCGAACCUUGAUGUUUUAGACAAAUAGCGGGCACGCUACCCACUGCUCCAUACAGUCUGAGAAUAAGCUAAGAUAUCACAUGGUAUAUGGUAGACCAUCUUCUUUAUUAAUUAUUUUGCUUUCUUAUGAUAUAAUUCGAAGAAAUGCCUAGAAAAAAAAACAAAUCAGCACCGAUAGGAUCCGAAAUUGGAACAUAAGAUUCACAAGCUGGCUCUUAACACAAUACUCUAUUUGGGGGUGAGAUGGAUAAACUAUAUCUUCGGGUAUAAAAACUAACCACAGGAAUGAAAAAGAGAAAUCCCUUUCAAAUUUCCGACAAUUUGAAAAAGUAAAGGUAACUUGCAGCGGCGAACAACUCGAGUACAACAAAUGGAAUAUUUGCCGUUAUCCGCAAUUCUUGUCUGCCGAAAAAGUAGACGAAGAACUGAUCAAAAAGAACCAAACUGUCGAUGAUUACCUUGCCGCCUGCGCCAGGGUACGUUCCAAUUAUAAAAAAAAAAGAAAUUUAGUUAAAAAUGCAAGCAUAAAUCUCCUAUUUUUGAGAUGAUGAACGGCGCCUUGGUCCCGGUCAAUCUGAGCGUUCCCAAUGACUAUUUCGCGGUUGACUACUACCUCAUGAUCAAAGAGAAGGUAAAAAAAGGCGCUAAAUGAUCCAUAUGCCCCUCAUAAUUUUCAGAAAGAGGCUGAGAAACAGAAACAGAACGACAGCUCUGAAGCCAAUCAACAAGGCGAUCAUCAGUAA